AUGGUGGCAGCGGUGUCCGUGCCGAGCCAAGCACAGGCCGUGCUUCGGGGGCGGCUCUGUGACCCGGCCUUCGUCCACUCCGCCCUCAGGUCCUCCCCGGACACCAACUACAGCAAGCUGAAGUACCUAGUCUCCAGCUCUGUCUUUGAGGCCUGCAAUAACUCCAUCCUCCUGCUAGGUCCCCGCGGGUGUGGAAAAGCAGCGGUGGUCGACAUGGUUCUUGAUGAUCUGAAGAAGGAGCACCCUGAUGCGAUUUCCGUGGUAUGGGUGCAAUGCAGCAUUCUGUUCAGUUCAAGUAUCACUAGAAAUAGGAAAUUGCCAGGCAGCUUUGAUUGGAGCAUCAGUUAUCAUUUUCAAAAAUGGGAGUGCGGACUAGCACACAAGACAAUACUAUUUGUUCUAGAAGAGUUUGACCUCUUUGCUCAGGGUAAACAGAGGUUGCUUUACAGCUUGCUUGAUGCAAUGCAGUCUCUAACAUCACAAGCUGUUGUAAUUGGUGUGAGUUGCCGCUUGGAUGCAGAUCAACUCCUAGAGAAAAGGGUUAGAUCCCGAUUCUCUCAUAGGAAGCUUUUAUUUAUUUCUCCUUCACUGGAUGAUAUACAACGUUUCAGAGCUGUGUCAUAUAUGGACAUGGAGUCUGGAUUCCUGCCAAUAGAAAGCUUCCUGAAGGCCCUUUCUUCCAUGCAGAGGCAACCCAAGAUGGACAGCCUACAAGCAUACCCGAUCCUCUCCUGCUUCCCGCUCAUCUGCGCAGUCCGCGACUCUUCUUCCUCAUGCGCCGCCACCCUCUCCGCGUGUGUUCCCCUCCACCUGUCCACCCACCCGGCGUUCUCAUCUCUUUUGCCAUGGAUCGGCGAGAUCGUUCCUCCCACCGCGGCUCUUGUUGCCUCUAUUAUAAUCCUGCUUUGCCUCUCUGCCACCACCAUCAAUAUCAAAACUCACCUCCCAAUCACCACAGAACUUCACCCGCCCAAUUAUCGUGCUCGGCGUGAGCUUUUCACCACCCUCCUCGGCAAGUUCGUGGCCGUCACCACAUCGAUGGUGCGCCAAGGUGCGACCGUCACGCCGGUGUGGGCGACGACGGUUUCUCUCGUCCGAUCCUCCUCUACUGGUCCAUCUCCGGCCGAUGAACAAGGUGAUGGCGCCGCGCAUAAACGCCCGCACCAUCCGGGUGGCGAUCAGGCGCGCUUCGAAACAAGUCGUCGCGGGCCCUUGCGUUGA